UCUAGUGUCCCCAAAAGAGGACAUUCUCUAGGUAAAAUGUUAUUUUUAGAUCAAGAAUGUGACGCUCAUCAUCAAGAAAUGUCCCUACGACAAGAAAAAUAGAUCACUUAAAUCUUCCAUGACUUGCUUUUCUUGUUCUAUUUUUUGCUUUUGUGGCUCAUCUUUCUGGAAGGCUUAUAGUUGAAGCAAAUAUAAAUGGUGGUGUCCAUACUAAUCACCUAAUAACACUCUGGCAUGUUGCAAAAGGUCUAAGCUGUCCUCUAAAGCUUCUUAGCUAUUUAAUGCAGGAGUGAAUAUCUCUGCUGUCAUCAUUACCAUGGAGUUGGAUAGUUAGAGCAUGGUAAGUGAGAUGGGGAACACAAAUUCAUCAGAAGCAGAGAAUGCUGCAGUUGAUGCUCAACAAAAAGGCGAAGCUGCUGGCAAUGCAAAUGGUGUUAAAGAAGAAGACAACAUAAUUUCUGAAGGUGAAAGUAAAGAUUAUCAUGAGAAAGCUGCAGCUUUGCCUAUUUAUGACCUUGAGAACUCCGAAGAUGGCAAAACAGGAUUUCAAACAGAUGCAAAUGAUUUAGUGAGUGAAGUUACUAAUAUUGAAACACAUAAUUUUGAUCAACCUCUGGAGUCAGUUUUGGAGGGGAAGGAUGAUCCUCGUGACCAACCAUGUAACCAGAAAGGUGAGGCAGAAGGAAGUUUACCUCAUGAUGAAGUUUUAAAGACCGAUCCAGGUGAAUCCUCAAGUGUUGCCAAUGAGACAGUAGAAGAAUGCAUCAUAUCUUCAUCAUUUGAGGAACAAGAAACUACAAGGAAUGGAAGAUCAGGCCAGAAUGAAGAUAAAACUCAGUUGAUCAACUCUGAAAUUGCACUUGCAGAUAAGGGAGUUGUUUCUGAUCAAAGAGACGAUUCGUUGGUGAGUGAAAUGGCUGCCUCAGCAGAUGGAUCAAAUGAGGAAAAACAUGAGCUUAUGAGUGCUGAAAAUCAGGUUGAAAAUGGUUUCUCAAAUGGAAGUGAUUGGGAUGAAAUUCCUAAAGUGGAGUCCAAUCAAAUCGAUGCUACAGUUUCACUGUUGACAGAUAUUCCACUGAGUACUCCUUCGAGUUCGCUGUCAGCAGCUAUUGAGCCAGAAGACAAAUGUGCGGUUCACACUCCAGAGAGUGAAUUGAUAUCAAACGAAUCGGAUAAUGCUGUAAAGGAAUGUGAUCUGAAGAAAACUGAGUCAUGUAUGCAGGCAGUGCAUGAAAUGCAGAUUGACAACGUAGCUUCUUCAAUUGAAUCACACCCCAAAGAGGCUACAGAGGAAAAUCUACCAGGAAACGACGCUAGUACUGAUAUUGUAAUGGAUUAUUCAAUUAAGGGGGAUGACAUAAACGUUCAACCUGAUAUUCUUCAUUAUGAUCACACGCCACCAGUAGAAAUGGGACUGCACCCUACCAAAUUCUUUGGAACAGAAAAUGGUCUUCUUGAUAAAGCAAAGGGAGGAGUUGAGAAGUCUAGUAGAAAGGAAAUAAUGGAGAAGUGCAUAUUGCAGUUGGGGUCAUCAAAACUGGAAAAUGAUGUCGAUAUAGCAUAUGCAGAAGGAAGAAUGCGGGGGUUUGAGUCGGUUGAGGAUAAAAAAGAAUGCAACGCAGCCUUGACAGGACAGAAUAGCUGUGAAUUUGUUAUCACUGAGGACUCUGGUGUUUUUGAACUCAAGACAUCAGAAAAAGGGAUAAAGAAAAUUGCAGCUUUUCCUGAGUCAGGAAUUGCACAGAAUGUUCAGCCAAGUCUUGAAGCAUUAGCAUUUUCCAAUGAAAAAUGUGCCUAUGAUCAAAUGGUGCCAAAUUUUCAUGAUGAAACUCUUUCCAAAGCACCAGAGGGUAUUGGAAGUUUAAGCCUCGAAUCGAUCCCAGAUAAAUUAAACAAUGGAAUUGAGCUUCGAAAGUCACCAAGCUUUGAUUUUGUUGUCCCUUCUCAUAGAAGAUCUUUAGAAUCAGAUCAAACUCCACUUCUGUGUCCCGAAAUGAUUCCUACAAGAAGCUCAUCAGUUGGCUCCAAUGUAAAGUUCUCAAAUUCACUAGACUACGGGUCAGUAGCAGUCGAAGAGAAGACUAUUAGAAUGGAAAGAAGUGAUUCUGAAGCUCCUCUUUUAGGCUUGUUGAAGAAUGGUGAUCCGAAGUUUACGUCUGAAACACAGCAGAACCAUGUUGCUGUUAUGAAAGGAGAGGAAUUGCAGACUUCACAAGCAACGGAAACUUGUCUAACUUCACCAAAGGGGAGCGGAAAACGCAAGGCCAGACCAUCUUUCUUCAGCACUUGCAUCUGCUGCACAGCAGCCACUCAUUAUUGAACAGACUCAAAAAGAUAUUUGUUUUUUGUUUUGAUUCUUUUUCUCAAUUGAUUGGGUUUUUAACCAUAUUAAAGAUAUUUUCAUGUGGCAUCUUUCAUCACAAUGGAGUGUUGAGAGCAUGCAUAGUCUGUAAGAUACUGAAAAAAGGGUGUGAGAUGUCUGAGUGAUGACUAUAAGUUAUACUUCCCGUUUUGUUUUUCCUCA